CUACGAAUCACUUGGCUGGCAAGCUAACUGAGGCGUCGCAACCAACCGUCUCCCUCUUCGCCCCCCCCACUAUACGUGAUCUUUCGGCCCUUGGGCUCAUUCUCACCCAGCUUUCCAAGCGAUGCUCGCUGUUUUCUGAAUUUAUCGUGCAUGGUUCGGGCAUCCUACGGACACCAACCCCUCCCUGACACACCGCCCCUCUUCGGACCAGGUCCUUUUCUUAAAUACUCGCUUGGCCCUCCAGACCGAACCACCUUCGAUUCCUAUCAUGUUCUCACAAUAGCUUAAGAGCCAGUCCUAUUUCGCCGUCCAUCUCCUCUCACCUCCCCUCCAGACUUUGACUACCCUUUCCCUUAUGGCGGUUGCGGAAAAUGGGAUAGCACUGAAGAAUGAGAUGUCGGUGGAACUCCCUAUACUCCCGCCCAACCAGGGCUUUGAAGCUUUCAAAGAUAUUCUGUACGGAUCUACUGCCGGAAUGGUAGGGAAAGUGAUUGAAUACCCUUUCGAUACCGUCAAAGUUCGACUUCAGUCACAGCCAGAUCAUCUUCCUCUCAAAUACACCGGACCCUUAGAUUGCUUCCGCCAGUCAUUCCAUACCGAUGGCGUGCGCGGGCUCUAUCGAGGGAUCAGCGCCCCUAUGGUAGGAGCUGCUGUAGAGAACAGUUGCCUUUUCUUCAGCUACCGCAUUGUCCAGGACAUACUGCGCGCCACUUUCUAUUCACCAGCGGAUGUCCUACCAUUUCCGGCAUUGGUACUUUGCGGUGCUGCGUCCGGGUCCAUCACCUCACUUGCACUUACCCCGGUGGAGCUGAUCAAAUGCAAAAUGCAAGUACCUCUUGCGGGCUCGGGUGCUAAGGCGCCGGGACCUCUGGCUCUUAUUGUAUCCGUCUUCCGCCACGAUGGUAUUAUGGGCUUCUGGCGGGGACAAAUGGGGACAUUUAUACGCGAGACCGGCGGUGGCGCCGCCUGGUUUGGCAGCUAUGAAGGAGUCAUGGCACUCUUCCGCUCUGCCCGCACAAAUUCACAUUGCACUGAUGAUGCUGCACUUGAGUCUCAUCGCGUUCCCAUACCCCAGCAGAUGCUCGCUGGAGCAGCAGCCGGUGUUAGUUAUAAUUUCUUGUUCUAUCCUGCCGAUACGAUCAAGUCACGCAUGCAAACUGAGGAUGUCACGCUCUCGACGCAUAAUGGUGAACGGCAGACCUUCGGGGGGGUAGCCCGAGCUUUAUGGAGACAACAAGGAGUAAAGGGCUUAUAUCGAGGUUGCGGUAUCACUUGCGCCCGGUCAGCCCCUAGCUCAGCCUUUAUUUUCACGAUAUAUGAAGGUUUACGAAGCCAUUUUGGUUGAGUGUGUCAUUGCCUUGUGAUAAUCCUGUCCUCAUGCCUUCCUUUUCCCUCUUGCAACAUUUUUGAGGUUCCUUUCUGACAUUGUUUGUAUGAUACCUAUAUCCAUGUUUUAGAUUUAGAUUUCGUGUUCUCACCCUCUUUUCUUCCUUUUCGCUUCCUGUUUUUCUCUUCCUUUUUCUUCUCUUUUUUCCUUGUUUUUCCUUCUCUCAUUUUCUUCACUCCAAUCUUCAGUUUAAUCCAUAGAACUCAAUCUGAUAUUGACAG